AUGAUAAAUGCGGUCAACGAGUUCUUAGAUGACCUGCGUGGUGGCAGAAUGAUCGAUUCACCGAUUGUGAGGGUAGAAGAUGGUGAAUUGCAAGGAAAGCUAGUCAAUUCCCCGAAUGGCAAGGCGUUUUACUGUUUCCAGGGUGUACCUUAUGCAAAGCCACCCAUCGGUUCUUUGAGGUUCAGGGCACCACAGCCUCCUGAACCAUGGGAAGGAGUGCGCGAUGCAACUUCAGAAGGCAACGUUUCAGCUCAAUUAGAACCAUUAUUCCUCAAAGAGUAUAUAGGCGAUGAAAACUGCCUUUUCCUAAAUGUUUACACACCAAAUCUUGAUGGGGAAUUCCUUCCAGUCAUGGUUUUCAUUCAUGGUGGAGCUUUUCAGUUUGGAUCAGGCAAUGCCAGUUUAUAUGGCGGUGAUUAUUUAGUGGAAAAAGACGUGGUCGUAGUUACUAUCAACUACAGGGUUGGAGCUUUAGGCUUUUUAUGCCUGAACACUCCAGAAGUACCAGGAAACGCUGGUCUCAAAGACAUAGUCCAAGCUUUGCGAUGGGUUCACCAAAAUAUCAAGAGUUUUGGUGGUAAUUCAGGAAACAUCACCGUUUUCGGAGAAAGUGCUGGUGGUGCAAUAGUCUCUCUACUCACAGCAAGUCCAAUGUCUAAAAGCCUUAUAAAUAAAGGGAUCGUUCAAUCCGGUUGCGCCCUAAGCCAUUGGGCGAUUCAGAAAAAACCGAUUGAAAAUGCCAAACUUAUAGCCGAAGAGUUAGGUUGUGAGUCAUCAGAUAUUGGUGAAAUAUUGGAGUUUCUGACAACGACACCUUUAAAGGACCUAAUUGAGGCGCAGGAGAAAUUGUUUCCAUUUGAAGGAAGAUUGAAAAAUUUGGAAACAUCAUUCGUCCCGGUCGUUGAAAAAGAGUUUAAUGGAGUAGAAGCCUUCAUGACAGAGCCUUUUAUCAACAUCCUGACAUCUGGUCGAGUAGCUAAUAUUCCGAUAAUGAUUGGCACAACAACCCUCGAAUUUGCUGGUGACUUUGGCUCAGACGAUCUUCAAAGUUUCAUCCCAAAAGAUUUGAAUAUAGAAAGAAAUACACCACAGUCUCUAGAAAUAGCCGAGAAAAUAAAAGGAUUUUACUUUAAAGGAAACCCAACGAGUGUAGAGAGUCUGAGUGAUAAAUUUCACUUAGUUUCAGAUAUGCUUAUUAACAUAAACAUGCAUAGAUACAUAAGAUAUUUAAUAAAUGUUACAAACAAACCGGUUUAUUACUACAAAUUUGAUUAUGUGGGAGCGCUCAAUUUGCCUAGCAAUUUAUUCAAACAUUUAGAUUUAAAACAGGCUAGUCAUAUGGAUGAACUAGGUUAUUUGUUCAAGAAUGAUUUGCAAAAGGGUGUAGAGGUCUCACCACAAGAUGAGAAGACGAGGGAGAGAAUGCUGAGACUAUGGACCAAUUUUGCUAAGUCUGGCAACCCAACACCUGAUGAAAACCACUACUUAACUGUAACCUGGUUACCGAUAACCAAAGACAACCUGUAUUACUUGAACAUAUCCAACGAACUAUCUCUCGGUACGAACCCUGAUAAAGAAAAAAUGGAAUUGUGGGAAGAUGUGUAUAGUAAAUAUUUUAAAAUAUGGGACCAAGUUGAUAAGGAAGAAGAAAAGUUUGAAUAUUCAACUGGUCCAGUCAUAGUUGAAGAGACAAUUAUUACUACAGUGACGACAGUUACUAAUGGAGAAGAAGUUACAGAGACCCAAGUCCUAGUCGAUGUUCAUGAUAAUUUUGGGGGACAGGUUCAUAUAGCAGAAAGUGAACACAAGCAAGAUAAUAUUCAAACUGAACCAAUCGAAAAUAAUAAGACAGAAGUUGAGGAAGAAAAAGUGAGUGUCGAAGAAGAAAAAGUAAAAGUUGAAGAAGAAAAGAUAAAUGUUGCAAAAGAAAAAGUGAAUAUAGUAGAAGAGAAAGAAAAAGUAAAUUUCGUUCAGUCUGAAAGAAAAGUGACAGAAACUGAAGAUUUUGGAGUGAAUAUCGGUAAAAUUCAAGAGAAAUUCGAGCAUCCUCACAAUGGCGUUGAAUUUAAUGGUAAUUCCGAUAGAAAACCGCGUCCCUCGAACGAAAUCAAGAUGGUUCAAAACAACAACAUCAAUCCCAAGGAUGUUAUCAGAGCGAAUGAUCCCCCCGAAGAUGAUUUACCAAAAAAUAUUGGUGUCAACAAAUUCGUCAACUUCUUCGAAUCUUUGGGCGGUAAGAAA